UCUCCAUGAAACAUGCCGAAUGAAUAUGAAUGAGCCAAACGAUAAUAAAAUGUAAUUUUGUAAGAUAUUAAUCUUCAUUCCAUGCAUAUAAUAUUGUAACGAAGUGACGUACCUACGUGUUUCCAUUCUUUUGGACCAGUGUAUUAGUUACAUACUUGGAUUUCUUAUAUAAAAACCCUACAUCAAACGUCACCACAUACAUACUGGCUCAGAAAAAUAAGCAAUGGUCGAUCUCAUGAAAAGAGCCCUUGAGCUAGCAAAGGAAGCACUUGUCGCGCAGGAGGUACCCGUUGGUUGCGUGUUCACAGAUGGCGAAAACAUAGUUGCAGAAUCAAGAAACUGCGUGAACUUGACUCGGAACCCUACAAGACACGCUGAAAUCAACUGUAUAGACACUGUAAUUGACUACUGCAAAACAAAUAACGUAAAUUAUAAGGAAUUAUUUCGUAAAAUAACUGUGUAUGCAACAGUUGAGCCAUGUAUAAUGUGUGCAGCGGCUCUCAAUGACCUACAUGUUAAGGAAGUAGUGUAUGGUUGUGCUAAUGAUAGGUUCGGGGGAAAGACUGUAGUAGAUGUUAGUAAUUACUAUGAACACAACUACACACUGACUGGGGACCUGAUGGCAGAUGAGGCCAUGGCCUUGCUAAAACAGUUCUACAAGGGUGUCAAUCCAAAUGCACCAGAACCAAAAGUUAAAAAGAAAAAGGAUAAUGAAUGAUGUUGUAAUUGAUUUUAAGAAUUUGCAUUUAAUAAAUGCCAGAAUUUGUUACAGUGGAUGUUGCAAUAUAUUUAAAUUGUAUUAGUAGAAAAACAAUUUUACACUGUAGCCGGUGCUGUCCAUUUAUCUAUCUAUGCUAAGAUAAAUCAGCUCUCGUGCUAAGCAUAUAAUUAAAUUUCUAUACUUUGCAUUAUUAUUUCACUUAACAUGUUAAAGCAGCACAAUAAUUUCAUUACAUUGAGUAUUAUUUGCUAUUAAUGUUCAUAAUAUAUACCAAGACUUAGUUGGAUAAUGUAAAGUAUUAAAUCAUUUUACGGUA